GCGGACACCGGGCAGGAGAGUCGGGAGACUGCGCGCGCUCGGAGGAUGGACGCGCACAGAUAACAGUCGGCGCUGCCGGUGUGUGUGUGUGUGCGCGCGCGUGUGUGUGUAUGUGUGUGUGUGUGUGUGUGUGUGUGUACGUGUUUAAUCUUCACUACUGGUGUAUUGCUGUCGAAUUUGGUCUGGUUUGCGGAUGAAAAUGUACGAAUUAUUGUGAAGUUUUAAAAUGUGUCCAACUUUACGCACGCCCUUUAUUCCUGAGCGGCACAGUAAGUGGAACUUAACUGUAUUCGAUUGUUUGUGCAAAGUUUGACGAGACAGACUGAUUUUGCGGCUACGGAAGAAUAAACUCGCUCACUUUUUCCUGAGGAAAUAUCACUCCGUCUACCGAAAGAGACUUUUCAGCUCGAGAGCACCGGCGGCCGUUUGGCGUCAGCUGAGGAAGAUGCUGUGCGCGCGAGCUCCCGGCCCGCUGCUCGCGCUGCUGCUCAUCGGCGGAACCUUCAUGUGCAGUGCAGAUGGCAGUGACUACAGUGAAGUACUGCCGGACUCCUUCCCCUCUGCGCCAGCUGAGCCUCUGCCUGAGUUCCAGAGCGAGCCGGAGGACACAUUCAUCGUGAAGAACAGACCAGUGAAACUCUCCUGCAAAGCAUCUCCCGCCACCCAGAUCUACUUCAAAUGCAACGGCGAGUGGGUCAACCAGAACGACCACAUCACCAGAGAGAGCCUGGACCAGGUCACAGGUCUGGUGGUGCGUGAGGUAGACAUCUCAGUGUCCAGAGUCCAGGUUGAGGAGCUCUUUGGCUUGGAAGAUUACUGGUGCCAGUGCGUUGCCUGGAGCUCUGCGGGUACCACCAAGAGCCGCCGUGCAUACGUUCGCAUCGCAUACCUCAGGAAAAAUUUUGAGCAGGAGCCUCUCGGCAGGGAGGUGCGCCUGGAACAGGAAGUUUUGCUGCAGUGCCGCCCACCAGAAGGGAUCCCACCUGCUGAGGUAGAAUGGCUGAGGAAUGAGGAUCUUGUUGAUCCUGUGCAGGACUCCAACUUCCUUAUAACCAUUGACCAUGACCUCAUCAUCAAGCAGGCACGUCUUUCUGACACAGCUAACUACACAUGUGUGGCCCGAAAUGUGGUUGCCAAGCGACGUAGCAGCACCGCUACACUCAUCGUCUAUGUGAGUGGAGGCUGGUCAUCCUGGACAGAGUGGUCAGAGUGUAAUGCACGUUGUGGGCGGGGCUGGCAGCGACGGACACGUAGUUGCACCAAUCCAGCACCACUUAAUGGAGGUGCUUUUUGUGAGGGCUCACCCUUUCAAAGAGUCACCUGCACCACCCUCUGUCCAGUGGAUGGAGGCUGGACAGAGUGGGCUAAGUGGUCAGCAUGUGGGACUGAGUGCACACACUGGCGCAGCCGUGAGUGCCAGGCUCCUCCCCCACGUAAUGGAGGACGUCACUGCAGCGGCAGCAUGAUGGAGAGCAAGAACUGCACCGAGGGACUGUGUGCCCGCUAUAAAAAGGUUUCUGUUGAACAUACAAACCAUCUGGACACAGGCGUAGGAGUGGCUGUGUAUGCAAGGCUGGUGGGGGCUCUGUUGUUGUGUGUGAUCCUUGCGCUUGGUGUGGGCAUCCUGGCUUACCGUCGUAGUUGUCGCCAUUUCCAUGGAGAUAUCACAGACUCCUCAUCUGCCCUUGCUGCUGCCUUCCAUCCUGGCAAACCGCCAAGACAAGAUAACCUUCAUGUGCUACACUCCUCAGCUCCCCCUGACCUCACUGCUAGUGCCGGAACAUUCCGGGGGCCGAUCUUCUCCUCCCUGCAGCAGAGCACACUUGACUCACACCACAAGAUCCCCAUGACCAAUUCACCCCUGCUAGAUGCUCUGCCCAGCCUCAAGAUUAAAGUGUAUGAUUCCUCUACCAUGUCGUCUCUGGAGCUGCCCACCAGCCUAGGAUGUGCUGAUGAAGACAUCAUAAACUUGAAGAUGAUGGGCAGUGGUGCACGAGAGCCUCGCACACACACUCUUCCUGCUGAGCCGGGCCACAGCACCAGUGCCAUGCUUGGCAGCCUCGGCGGGCGCCUUACCAUCCCUAAUACAGGUGUGAGCCUGUUGGUGCCGCCAGGAACUAUUCCUCAGGGGAAAUUCUAUGAAAUGUAUCUCAUCAUCAACAAAUGGGAGAAGACUACGUUGCCAUCGGAGGGUGGUCAGACAGUCCUGAGUCCAGUGGUGAGCUGUGGGCCAUCAGCCAUGCUGCUAAGCCGCCCAGUCAUCCUCACCCUUCCCCACUGCGCCCACCUUGAGACUCCCAACUGGAGCCUCACUCUCAAAACACAGAGUAACCAAGGAGUCUGGGAGGAGGUGCUGACAGUAGGAGAGGAGAGUUUGUCCUCGCCAUGUUACAUGCAGCUGGAGGAACAGAGCUGCCAUGUUCUGAUGGAGCACUUAGGCACUUAUGGUCUGGUGGGACAGUCAGUUCCUCCACAGCCUGCUUGUAAGAGGCUGCAGCUCGCCCUGUUUGCACCCCGAGCUCCUUGCCUAUCUCUGGAUUAUAGUCUGAGGGUCUACUGCAUACAAGACACGCCAUACGCCCUAAAGGAAGUGUUAGAAUUAGAGCGAACACUUGGUGGGAUAUUAUUGGAGGAUCCUAAGUCACUCCUCUUUAAGGACAGUUACAGCAACCUGCGACUGUCAAUCCACGACAUCCCACACUCUCAUUGGAGGAGCAAACUUCUUGCCAAGUACCAGGAGAUCCCAUUCUACCACAUCUGGAAUGGGAGCCAGCGGCCCCUGCACUGCACCUUUAGCCUGGAGAGAGGCAGCCUGGCCGUGUCCCAGCUCAGCUGUAAGAUCUGUGUGAGACAAGUGGAAGGGGAGGGACAGAUAUUUCAGAUCCACACAGACAUCCAGGAGGUACAAAUGCUGUGGAAAGGAUUUGAUUGCAGCGCAAGUGCAAUUGGUGCUCAACUAACUUGCUCAAAACUGCUUAUUUGGAUGAAUCAUUUGUGUGUGUCCUUGUUUGUGCUUGUGCGUCAGACAUUGCCCCCCCAUUCACCGCUGCCUGCUGCAGGAACAAACCUGCCAUCAUCUCAGGUGGGUCCUUAUGCCUUCCGCCUGCCAGGCUCCAUCCGCCAAAAGAUUUGUGCCAGUCUUGAUGCCCCCAGUGCCCGCGGCUGUGACUGGAGACUGCUUGCACACAGUCUGGGCUUUGACAGGUACCUGAACUACUUUGCCACCAAGCCAAGUCCCACAGGUGUGCUGCUCGACCUAUGGGAAGCCUGUCACCACGGUGAUGCCGACCUGGUCUCCCUGGCGACUGCCCUGGAAGAGAUGGGCAAGAGUGAGGUCUUAGUUGUCAUGACAACAGAUGAGGACUGCUGAUUGGGUAAUCAGAACCUGUAAAAUGAAAAGAAAUGUGCCACCAUGAAUAAAGCAAUCAUUAAUGCCAGCGGAUGGGCAUAAAGAUCUGACCACACACCCUGACUCAUUUAACCGUGUGUGCGCACAGAAACUACUGAGCUGCAAGCCACUGGCUCCAUGAUCUCUCAGUCUUACACACACUACUGCACUCAGUCACAAUGGACAUGAACCAAAAAAAAACGUGAUGUCAUUUGAAGGAGAACAUUUUUUAAUCUUAAUGUAGGUAGCAGGUUUAAAUCUUAGCCUGUCUGCAUAAAUUAUAUGUACAAGCUCAUGAUUCAAGGAUGCUUUUUGCCCCCUCAGACGUGAAUAAUUUUUCAUCUAAACACAGGCGCACACACACUCAGACUACAUGCUGGAAGCCAAGUGUGAAAGUGCAUGAUUAAGCAUCAUUUAAAGUCGUGAUUGAGUUUUUGUUUCUUAGUGAUUAUUGGAGGCUUAAAGUCACCAUCAAACAGACUCUGGAGUGAAGCAUGUUCACAAGCUGCUCACACACACACGUCCGUACACAGUUACACAGAAUAGAGUGUUGAUAAUAAAGCAGCAAGCUGCCAAAUUAACCAGACAUAGACUCCGAAACAGUAGUCCUGCAAUAGUUAUUAGUUUUGCCAUUUUCAUGUAAAACACAUUGAGAAUAGCCUGUAGUGAACCCGACAGUGGACUUCAGCUGUUUAGCAAAAUCCUUGACAUGUUUAUGAUGAGCAAAAAGAAACAGAGAGCUUUUUGUUGUUGCAAGAAAGUAAGGAUGUACCGAUUACACUUUUCCCAUUUUCAAUACAAUAAGUAUUGCGUAUCUCCUAGUACCUGAUACUGAUUCAGUACUGACAUCCUUAGAGGAAACAAGCCAAAUGUCUGCAAGCUGCUGUUGCCUAGUUAUGCAAACUAUCAGAGAAAUGAUGGUGCUGUGUUCAAGUCAGCAUCACUCACCAUCAUGACAAAACACAUCAGAGGAUCAGAUGUCAAAUCAGGUUCUAGAACAGCCCUUUGUAUCAGGGGAGUAUCAGUGCAUCUCUAGAGGAAAGCUUUUAUGAACUGCAUUUCCCUUUUACUUAAUUCUAGUCAUCUUGGUUGCUUUUAAUGAAAUUUUCUCUUCAACACAUCAUAGAAAAUGCAGAAGAGCUAUCACACAAAAGUUUCCUAUAGGGAACGAACGCUUUCAUUUACUGUCCAUAUUAGUGGAUUGUUGUUUCAUUCUUUCUUGCUGUAUCUGCUGUUAAUGUUAUUGAGUAGAACCUCUGCAUCUGUGCUUGACUGCUGUUACAUUGCAUUGCACAAGCAGGGAGUGGUUCAAAAGUGCUUCAUGUUAUGUGGCAAGCUUUUCUAAACGCUGUGUAAUACAUCACAAGUAAACUGUCAUUUCAGGAAUUGAAACAGACAUGAAAAAUGUGAGCUCUGUUUCUGUGAUCUUGUGUUUGGGUUCAACUCGAGCCAUUAAUCACUGCUCAGACCAUGAGGUCAGUCAAUUGUAGGCCUUGUGUUAAGUGUCUUUGGAAAUGGCAUGGCUGCUCUUUGGACUGCAUUGUGUCACGUUCACUGUCUUCUCUGACUGUGGGUUGGAAAUGUUACUAUAGUGUGAAACUAACAGCUAUGACUGUCAUGGGCCCUUUACCAUUUGUCCAUUUUGACGUUGUAUCAUUUGCAUAUUGUGACCUUAAUAUUAUAAGGUUCAGUCUGGCAUUUUGGCCAGAAAUGAGUUCAGCACAUUAGUUGGAACAUAACUUCACUUAUUAUUCUCUCUCUCUCUCUCUCUCUCUCUCUCUCUCUCUCUCUCUCUCUCUCUCUCUCUAUUUUACAAGCUUCAAGAUUUCUAAUUCAAUAUUUUAAGGAAAGUUGCACAUCUAAAAUGUACUUGGAUUCUAUCACAGCCAGUCAUAAUUGUAGAUAAAUUAUUAAUAAAUAAUUUUACUAAUUGUAAAAUAUUGCCAAUCAAAGUCCACCCAGUUUAAUACAUACAUCAGAAGGGAAAAAACAUUUAAGUGUUAAAAGUGCUAAUUUAAUUCAUUCUAGUAGUGUAGUAUAAAAAAAAAAAUCCUUUGUCUUAGUCUAGUGUAUUUACAGCUUUAACAAUGUUUUAAACUUCAGAAAAAAAUUGAAAAAGCCUCGAGCACAGUAGAAAGCUCAGUAAUGCUAGCGGUAAAUAAUAGGCAGCACCUACCUACCUCCAAUAACGUGUUUUUUUUAUUUUCUGCAGUUGCUCAGAGUGGAAGCAGGACUAAAUAUUAACUAGGUAUAGAUAUAUUAAGCAGAUAUACUACAUGGAUAAUACAUGUGGCACCUAUUGGUUUCACUGCUUGUAGCUUUAUACUUUUCUGAGUAAAAAUUUAGUUUAAAGUUGCCCCCCUGCCCAAAAAACAACAGUAUGUUUACUGUAAGAAUGACUUCAUGUUAAAUCAUUUCAGAAGAGAAAUGCUGUAUGAGAAAACAUAGCCUAUUGGAGUGCAAAUAUGUUGAUGUGCCAUUUAUGUUUUAAAACAAAUUACGGAAUUGCAAUCAUGUUAAUGAUUUGAUAACCAAUCAUUUCCUACCUGGUCAAAUACCCACUUUUUAAACAUCUCAGGGUUUUAAUAAUGUACAUGUGAAGCACUCUGAAACUCUACACCCUACUGAAAUAUAAAUAUGGAUGUUACUACUGUAGCUGUUGCUAGCUGAAACAUCAGACCUUUGAUGCUUGAUAUAUAUUUUUUAAAAAAAGUCUUUUCAUCCACAUAGAACAGUAUAAUUCUAAGGUCACAAUAUGUCUGUUAAAUUUUUUUUACAGCCAUUUCUUUGUAAAAGUGUUGAGAAAUCCUCCAGAAAAAAAGCAGUAUCUGUCCAUCUUUCUGGGAAAGUAAUUUUUGUAGUGUGUGCACAUGUGCUGUUGAAUGCGUGCUGGUUUAAGGGCCUCAUUUUGUAGCAGUUUCUUUUACCUUUUUAUGUAAAUUCUAUGCAAGUACAAAACGAGUAAGUUUGCAGACCUCCUUAAAGUUUUCCGCUGGAUGCGCAAGUGUCAGAUUGGAAAAUGUCAUGCUGUUAUACUGACACAUGCUGGAACAGGCCUUCAGGAUAAAAAGGUUGUCUGAGGCUCAUCAGCAGAGACAACCAAUAUAAAAUGACUCCAUAUAAAGUUGGGAUUAUAACUGAUGUCCAUGUGCUCUUUGCUGCUUUCUCUGAGCUGCGUGGAGGAAUUCUGCCAUCAAUAGACAAAAUUAAAUAUUCUUUCUGAGGAGGGGUAAAUUAGGACCUCUACCCAUGAAAAAGAUUGGCAGUUAUGACACUGUAGAUUGUAAAGAAAGCUCCUAAGCACAUGGAUUUGUUUGGGGAAACUACUUCUUCUAACCUGGACACAACAUCCUUCAGGUAUGAGACAUGGGACUGCAUCUGAUCUCAUCCUUAUAAGCUCCACCUCUUCCUGGAUGUUGGUUGCUUUUCACAAACCCUGAGUGAUUUUGUUUUGAUGUCAUACCAGGACUCUGAGGUCUUCUUUUUUUUGUUGUUGUUUGUUUGUGUGUUUCAUUUAAACACUGUAAAUGUCUAUUGUACAUAAAUGUU